AUGGCCGACUCCGUCGACCGAGUCUUUGGCCAUGCGCUCAAUACCGUGAAUAAGAUCAGACCUGGCUCUCAGAAGCCGCCAUCAGCCGACCGGCUGGCCCUCUAUGGCUUGUACAAACAAUCCAUGGAAGGCGACGUCGCUCUCAUAGCCGAUCGACCAGGAUCGCCAUCUCCAGGCUCAUCGCCGGAUCAGGUCAAGAAAGAGCAAGAGAAGUGGGAUGCGUGGAAGGCGAAUGAAGGGCUGAGUAGGACCGAGGGGAAGAGACGGUACAUUGAAAAGCUGAUCGAGACUAUGCACCAGUAUGCUUCGACCACGCCUGAAGCUAGAGAACUUGUAGAGGAGCUGGAGUUUGUCUGGGAUCAGAUAAAGAACAACUCGCAGCAUUCGAGCUCGGAGCACUCUUCUCCACUUCAGGUGAUUGAGCGGAGAGACUACCUGCAGUCUGGAAGUUCGGGCAACAACGGAGGCAUCAGCUCCUCGGCUGCUGCUCUUGAGAAUAGUGGGAGAGACAAGGGCAAAGGGUUGAGGGUGCUCUCGCCCGUAUCGCAGGCCGAUGAAGAUGAGGCAGCAGACGAAGAAAGGGAAGAGUUUGUGGAUGCGCCCAUAUCUCAGAUCGAUGAGGCCGAUCUUCAGGACAGCUCCGAGGCUGGUGGAAAUAGAACGGGAGACCGCUUCGUGGCACCACCGAGGCCUCAGUCUUCCCCUGCCGACAAUCGCUGGCGGAAACGAAUCGAGUCCUCCCUCAUCAAGCUCACCACCGAAGUCGCGGCGCUGCGGGAGCAGCUGGAAUCAAGGCGAUACUUCAGCUACCAGAGAAAACACAGCUUCCUCGGCUGGGUGUUGAGGCUGUCCUGGUGGGCUGUCCAGCUCGUUGUGGCGGAUACGGUCAUACUGGCUAUCGUGCUGUGGUAUUUGCGUAGGAAGCAAGAUCGAAGGCUGGAGGGUGCCAUCCGGGUGUUGCUUGGGGAUGCUGUGGCACAAGUGCAGAAUCUGGGCACGCAGGUGAAGAUGCCAGCGUUGCCUCGUAUACCUGGCCGAAAGCCUGCAGUGAAAGAGUGA